AUGAUUUUAAAUAGAUUUCAAGAUAUGUACUGUCAAAUUAAUGUUGCGUUAGCAAAUAUUGCUCAAAAUCAUGCUAAGAAUUCUCUAGAAGUGCAUGACUACAUUCUGGCUCAAGAUAACUAUGGGUUAGUUAUCAUAUUCUCUUCGGACGCAGUAACAUUGGAAAGCCAAAAAAUCAUCGAUUUGGCUUAUAAGGAGCUUAGAAAAAGAUCCACUACAAAAUUGCAAAAGGAAGAGCUAAAAAGAUUGGUAGUUAAAGUCAAAUAUUACGUACCAUCGCUGACGGCUGCCAAAUUUUUUAAAAUUAACAGAAACACCAUUCUGGGGCUUAUCAGCGUUGCUACCACUUAUUCUAUUGUUAUAAUACAGCUAGGAGAUUCUAAUUUUGAUGUUAAUAAUAAUACUAAUAGUACUAAUUAA